CACUAAAAUUAUUGUGCCGUUGUUAACACCAUCACAGAUUCAUGUUUUUCAUAAUGGCACUUUAAUAUAAACAACACUAACGCCAAUUAAUUUAUUUAACGCCAUAGGCACAGCUCAAACACCGGUCAUCUUUGUUGUGUUGCCAUUAUAAAAGCCAAAAAGUAUAAGCGCUAACUGCAGCAGAAAUCUGAAAUCUCCAAAGUGAAUCUAAGUCGGCAGCAGCAGCCAAUACAGCAUUUUUUUCUACAACAAGCAUAAUAUGAAAUGGGCAAUGCAGUCAGAUCACUGAGCAGAUCAGAGUGUUAAAAAUCAAAUUAUAAAAUCAUAAAAAAGAUCAACAAAAAUAAAUAAACUUGUACAUAGCUUAAGGUUAGCUUUGGUGAGAAGGUGGCUGAAGCAGCUCUGCAACGGCAGCAACAGGCGACGACCGGCGACGAUACAAUGCCCUCGGCCAUCAGUGGCGGUGCGCAUGGCCAGGUGCACAUACCCAGCAAUGAGGAAUGCGGCAUACGGGACGUGUGGAAGCAUAAUCUGGAGGAGGAAUUUCGCACCAUACGAAAGGUUGUACAAAAAUAUCAUUUUGUUGCCAUGGACACGGAAUUUCCGGGCGUUGUGGCGCGACCUGUUGGUGAAUUUCGAUCAACCGCCGAUUAUCAUUAUCAACUACUGCGCUGCAAUGUGGAUUUGCUGAGGAUCAUACAGUUGGGACUCACAUUUAUGGAUGAUGAGGGCAAAACGCCGCCGGGAUACUCCACAUGGCAGUUCAAUUUUAAAUUCAAUUUGAGCGAGGAUAUGUACGCACAGGACUCGAUAGAUUUGCUACAAAAUUCUGGCAUACAGUUUAAAAAGCACGAGGAGGACGGCAUUGAUCCAAUUGAGUUUGCCGAGCUGCUCAUGAGCUCGGGCAUUGUGCUGAUGGAUAACAUUAAAUGGCUUUGCUUUCACUCUGGCUAUGAUUUUGGAUAUCUGUUAAAGCUGCUCACCGAUCAGAAUCUGCCCGCCGAUGAGAGUGACUUUUUUGAACUGUUGCACAUAUAUUUUCCGAAUAUCUUUGAUAUCAAAUAUCUAAUGAAAUCGUGCAAAAAUCUAAAGGGCGGCCUUCAGGAGGUGGCCGAUCAGCUGGAGCUGCGUCGUGUGGGACCACAGCAUCAGGCCGGCUCCGAUGCGCUGCUCACGGGCAUGGCGUUCUUCAAAAUGCGUGAGAUGUUCUUUGAGGACAACAUUGAUCAUGCCAAGUACUCUGGUCAUUUAUAUGGCCUGGGCACCUCCUUCAUUGUGAAUGGUACCAACUUUCAUGAGAGUAACGGCGAGGCAAAUAACGCCUCAUGAUUCAUACUGAUGAAGAACGCCGUUGUGCAUGACAAGAAAUUCGAACAAGUUGCUGGAGCUGCUUCGGCUGUCACUCUCCCAGCCCCGACAUGAACAGGCAAUUCACAACAAUAACAGGAAACAACAACACAACAACAAAAAAUACAUCCCUAAUUACGCAAUCGCAAAACACAAUUUAUUAAAAAAAAAAAGAAAAAACUAAACUGAAAUUUUCUACGCUUUUCAUGAGAGUUUCUACACAAAGUAGGUGUUUUACAACCAAUUACACUAAAAAACCACACUUGGAAAAAACAACAAAAAUAAAAUAUGUAAAACUAAGCGAAACAGAAAAAGUACCACAUGUAAAAAUCACUUUCAAGAUCUUUGUCUUAAAUGUGUUAGAAAACAAAUUAAGAAAAAUAAGCUAAUAUGUAUAAGCCAAUGUGUAUUUGUAUAAAAAAAAACCAACAAACCAA